AUGAAUGGCGGCAACUCGAACCAGCGGUUGGUGUCCCGCAAUGACGCUGCGUUACAAGGUGCCACGCUAGCCUUCCGCUCCAGAGAUCCAUCACCCCAUGUCACCAAGCCCGCAAUGGCAGAUCAUGCACCCAAUCGUCACCGCGCUGGAUCUGAUCUGGGUCCUGAAGUGGGCUCCGUCAAAGACAAAAUUGGGCGAUUGACACAGCAAGGCUCCCCCGCCACACUAGGUGUGCGAGGACGACCGUCCGCCUCAGCGCUGUCGUCCACUUCAGAGAUCGCAGCUCGGCUGGCCGCGUCAAGGUCCCCUGGGCGGGAUACGACAACUGCGUCCUCAGCCGCCAAGCUCGCGGCGACACGAAGUGUGAGCAGAGCGCCCGAACGGCGAGAGGCUCCAUCCCCUACCCCGGUCCGCUCGGUCCAGCGACGAAACAGUCUGGAUCGCAUGCUCCUAGACGAUGAUCUCGACUCCGACCGUGAUUUGCCGCCUCCCCGGCGCUCGCUGUCGCGACAAUCGAGGACUACAGAAUAUUACGACAGCCGAACCUCCAGUCCUCACCCAUCCGUGAGCUCUCACCACUCUUCACAGCCAGAUGAAUCAAGACCGAGGCUGCCUCCCCGGAUCCCUCCAUCGCGAGGGUCUCUCAAAAGCCUUGGGAUGACCACUACACCCUUGCGACCCUCGACGCCAAGCGCGAUGUCUAUCUCCGCGCAAUCGCACGCAACCAGUGCCCCUAGCAUCAUGGACGAGCCCCGAAUGAGCGAGGAAGCCCUGUCCAAUGCGAUUGUCGCCUCAUCCCUGGCUUCAGCACGCGCAUCUCCGUCCAUCAAAGUGCCGCCGCCGCUCCCUCCCCAGCGACGGCGAGCACGGUCCAUUUUACACCUGGCACACUCCCCCAAAAGUGAUCUAUCCCGCACCCCUAGUCCCCCCAAGGGCAUGCCGCAGACCCUGCGUGGUGCGCCCAAACCGGAUUCGGACCAUCGCAAGCACCGGAACCCACUCAAUAAGCACCCUCACAAGCAUCACGAGGGGGAUCGCAAGCAUUGGCGCCGGGAGGUGACGGAGAAAGAACGGAAGCGCUACGAGGGCGUUUGGGCCUCCAAUAAAGGGUUGCUUAUCCCUACCGACAGUCCGGAUGGAGGUCCGGGAAGCGCGGCCGAGAUGGUGCUAAACCUAGUAGUUCGGGAGAUUUGGUCCCGCAGCCGCUUGCCACCUCCCAUGCUGGAACAGGUGUGGGACCUGGUGGAUCACCAAGGCAUCGGGCUUCUCCUGCGGGAGGAGUUUGUGGUUGGAAUGUGGUUGAUCGAUCAACAACUCAAGGGUCAUAAACUGCCGGUUAAGGUCCCCGAUAGCGUGUGGGAUAGCGUGCGGCAUGUCGGUCUCAAACUCAACCGGGCCCACUAA